GGCGCCGGGAAGUCGGUGGACCGUUAGAACCGUUAGAAAGCGCGAGGGACGCGAGCCCGCGAGCUGUUUUGCUUCUGGGAGUGCGUCGCGGCGCGAGGUUCGUGCCGCGUUCGUGCGCGCGCGGCUUUCUUUUCUUUUUCGUGGGAACUCGUUGUUUUUGUAAUGUGGUCAAGCAUAGAUUUUCGUCAUCACCACACCACCUGAUGUGCCAAGUGGGGAAACAAUGACUGCCGAAAGCCGGGACAUCAAUGGUUUCGAGCUCCAAUGGACGUGCGGCUCCACGCCUGUGGCUGGACGGCGUAAGGCUUUCGGGGGAGGCUCGGCGGGGUCGGUUCUCGCUAACCGACUGUCCAGCGACGCGUCCACGAAAGUGCUGCUCCUGGAAGCCGGGGGUCUCGAAGACACCGUCACCGACGUCCCGCUCUUCACCACCAUCAACCACCACACGGACAUCGACUGGGCCUUCCUGUCGGAGUCUCAAGAGCACUGCGGCUUCGCAAUGGAGGACCAGAAAUGCGCCAUCGCUCAGGGCAAGGUGCUGGGCGGCGGGAGUGUUCUGAACUACAUGAUUUACAACCGAGGCAACCGGAGGGACUACGAUAACUGGGCCGCGGGAGGGGCCACGGGCUGGUCUUUCGACGAGGUUCUGCCCUACUUCAAAAAAUCCGAAGACAACACCAACGACACCUUCGUCGCAAACGGUUACCAUGGAACGGGCGGAGAGCUGACGGUGAGUUCUACGAAGUACCAGACGUACGUCCUCCACGCGUUCCUAAAUGCCGGAAAAGAGCUCGGCUACGACGUGCUCGACCAGAACGGCCCUAAACAAACCGGGUUCGGCGCCACACAGUUCACGGUGCGUGGCAAGGAGCGCUGGUCGACGGCCAAAGCUUACGUCUUGCCCGUGGCGGGUCGCGAGGGAAGGCGGAACCUGCACGUAUCCAUCUUCUCCAAGGUCACAAAGAUCUUGAUCGAGAACGGGCGAGCCACGGGCGUGACCUUGAUGAAGGGAAAGCGCAAGUACAUCGUGCACGCCAAGAAGGAGGUCAUCGUGUCGGCGGGCGUCAUGAACUCGCCCAAGAUCCUCAUGCUGUCCGGAAUCGGCCCCAGAGAGCACCUCGAAGAGCUGAAGAUUCCCGUGGUUGCUGACCUGCCCGUGGGAAAGAACCUCCAGGACCACACUCUCGUCGGCGGAGCCUCCGUGCACGUGAACGAGAGUUUCAACGAAGGCUUCGGAGGCGUCAAAGGCGCCCUGGACUACUACCGUUUUCACACAGGACCAUGGACGAUCCCCGGCGGCAUCGAGGGCAUCGCCUUCAUAAAGACCAAGUACGCGAACCAGAGCGACGACUUCCCGGACGUCGAGAUCAUGCUCAACACCAUCCCGCCCACUUCGGCGUACAGCGAGCCCUAUAUACGCGGCAUGGGCCUUAAAGAAGAAGUGUACGCUAAAUAUUACCUUCCUCACCGGGACAAGCCUGUUUUUACUAUGGUCCCCUUCGUGCUCCGACCAAAGUCAAGGGGAGAAGUCAAGCUUCGUUCCAGCAACCCCGACGAUCCCCCGCUUAUCAACACGGGAUACUACAGCCAUCCGGACGACAUCAAGGUCAUAGUGGAAGGUCUGAAGGAGGUGUACAGGAUCGCGAACACGGAGGCGUUCAAGCAGCACGGUGCCGAGUUCUGGACGGAGGUGUUCCCGGGCUGCGAAGCCGAGGAGCAUUUUAGCGACGCCUACUGGAAAUGCCUGGCGCUUUCCUUUCCGACCACGGCCUACCACCCGGCGGGGACGUGCCGGAUGGGAAGCGACCACAGGGCCGUCGUGGACCCCAGACUCAGGGUCCGUGGCGGAAUCCGGGGGCUUCGCGUGGUCGACACGUCCGUCAUCCCGGAGAUGUUGUCGGGGCACCUCAACGCGCCGGUCAUCAUGAUCGCCGAGAAGGCCGCCGACAUGAUCCUGGAGGACAACGCCAACGCCGUCGCCGGGCCAAAGUCCGCGAGCUCCUCCUCGGGCACACCCGCCCCCGGGGCCGACUCGACGAGUGGUGCGAAAAGUACGACGGACGCGUUGCCUUGGCUCGCUGCCACGGCUCUCGCUGUCGCGUUGCGCUUUGGGUCCGCUAGCUAGCAGCAGCGUCUGCCCAACACCGGGUAGAAGGCAAGGACCGUGCGUGACGUCAUCGCUAGCGGAUCUCCGACCCGCCCCUAUCGGCAAACAUGCCGAAGCUCGACCAGAGUACACCGCAACGCGGCAGACGCGUGAGGCGCAGGCCUUAGCCUUCUAGGUGGUAUGUGGACAGCAGGUCGUCUGCUUCUCUCGCGGGAGUUACGGUGACGUCAAAACCGACGCCGACCUCUGAUUGGCUUUGAUUGAAAGGAUAGUGGGUAGGUCCCAAUGCUAGAGGCCUUGACCCAUUGUUUUUGUUAAGCAGCCAAUAAGAGCUCGGCGCUUUGACAUCAUCGGAAUCUCUCUGCAAGAAGUAGACGAACGUGCGCUUCGCAUUGGCCUGCUUUUCCGGUAACCAGAGAUGAAUGUUGAAGACGAUUAAACAAGCAACGCGAUGUACAUACACUUUGAUCAUGGUGAACAGUACAAACGGGCAAGUUAUGGAAAGGAUGCCGGCGAGCUGGUUUAAAAUAGACAUUUCCGCACGUGAUCGACAAGGAGAAAAAAAGGAUAGACGACACUUCUCAUUUUAAAGUUCUCUAAAAAAAAAGGUUUACCCUCUACAUUUUCCAAGUGCUCGAGCAGUACAAAACCAAAAUUAUUUGGCUCUCCAGAGCCAAAUAAAGACAUUCUUCUUCUUAUUAUUAUUAUUUUAGAAUUCUUUUAUGCUAUAUUUUUAAUAACGAAUUUUUAAGCUUCAAUUUUUAAAGAUGAUGUCAUGAUGCUUUUCAAGCGAAUAAGAGGUGUCGUUGUUUUUUAAUGUGUGGCUAUGCGAUCGAAGUUUGUAACCCUGAGUCGUCUCCUUUAAUGGUCCUUGAAAUACGGAAUGCCAUCGAUGUUGUCAGCUUGGUGUUUAAGUAAAUUUAGCAAUGGGAAAAGCAAAAUGUGUGGAAUAUUCAACACUAGAAAUAUCAUCUGUGCCAUGAACGUUCAAGUUCAGAAUAAAGUCACCUUCCGUAUUCCA